AUGUCCUCACCUCAGUCUUGCGCCCUGUCGCCCCGCGCUUGUGGCGUCUGCAGAAAGCAAGAGGACCUCAUCCGCUGCCCAGGCUGCCUAGUAGUCUACUACUGCGGACGAGACCACCAAGCUAUCGACCGAAAGCUUCAUGAGGAAGGGUGUACGAAGACGGAGAAGGCGCUCGCCCGUUUGGAGAAGGAGGAGCAAACUUUACGCGACCAUCCAGGCGGCAUGUUUGAGAACGGUGUCGGUCGCUUUUUUAAAAUCAAGGAGACUCGGCAAUACAUGAUUGUGCGCAAACAAGUGGUUACCACGCUGCUUCAGUCCUUUGGCGCUGCUGGUGGACGCGCUGAUGCCGUGCGGACUGCUCUGGAUCACAUCCUGGAUAUGCUUCGGCUCGGUCGUGGGGAUUACAUGGGCGUCCGAGAUGUCGCUCCUACACUCUUCAUCCGUCUCAACAGGGAUCAAGAGGCCUAUGACUUUGCGAAGUGGUAUGCAACGACCGGAAACCCGUCUCAUUGCGCAUGGGAUGAUCUCGAUUUGCCCUUCCUCGACAUCAAGGGUGCUGACGUACUCGAGCCACCUAUGGAAAAUUGGGCAAAUUCACGCUGGAUUAAAAUGAUUCACGUUGUAGCUGUGAUCCUCAUCAAAGUCCGGGUCUUGCUCGAUCUGCAGGCUGCAAUUAACACAACCAGGGCCCUGCAAGGCUCAAUCCCCGAGGAGAUGAUAGGACUCAUCUGCGAGCAGAUCGUGGGAAGCACACUUCGCUCCCGGCCUGAAGUGCUACAUCGAGGAACCGAGGAGAUCUCCGGCCAUGUUGGAACGAUCAAGGGUCAUAUCAGAGAUUUGUACAGGUCUGUCAAUGAGUACAAUCCCCAUUUCUGGCGAUUGAUGUUGAAGAAUCCCGAUGAGGCAGCCGCCAGGAAACCGUACUGUUACUCACUACAGUCAGAAGAGGAGGCCUGUUCGGUUAUUUCAUAUUCCUUGGCGUCGUGGAUUGAGACACCUGGGUCGUUUGAUGUAAUGCGGUCUGUCAGCCAAACGGCAUGA